AUGGCUAUGACCAAUUCAUCUUCAUCCACCCAAGAUAACACUCCUUCAUACCUUUAUCUACGCCCCAAUGAGAACCCUGCCAUAGCCCUGGUCUCACCUGUUCUAAAUGCCACAAAUUAUCAUUCAUGGAGCAGAUCUUUCAUCACGGCUCUUUCUGCCAAAGACAAGGUAGAAUUUGUUCUUGGAUCCGCUUCUCAACCUUCCAAGACUGAUGCCUCCUUCCCUGCUUGGUUCCGUUGCAACANUAUGGUUGUUUCAUGGCUUAUACAUUNUGUUUCUCCUUCAAUUCGCGAAAGCAUUAUCUGGAUGGAUCUUGCUAUCGACAUUUGGACUGAUCUGAAACACCGCUUUGCCCAAGGCGAUCUUGCAAGAAUUUCCGCCCUUCAAAUGGAAGCCACUACUCUAUCACAAGGUGAGCUCUCUGUCACUGAAUUUUUUACAAAGCUCCGGGUUAUUUGGGAUGAGCUCGAUUGCUUCCGUCCGGACCCUGUUUGUACCUGUCAGACGAAAUGCUCAUGCAUCGUCUCUGCUGUUCUUUCUCAACGUAAAAAUGAAGACCGUGCCAUGCAACUUCUACGAGGUUUGAAUGAUCAUUAUACCAACAUACAAUCUCAUAUACUCCUUCUUGAUCCUAUUCCUCCUAUUUCCAAAAUUUUUUCCCUUGUUAUUCAACAAGAACGUCAACUAAUGAAUGACCAUAUCACUGCCUCUGUCACCACUACCCCUUUUCCUAGUCCCACACCUACCUCUGUUAUUUGCACUUAUUGCAAUAGAGNUNGCCACCAAGAAAAUACAUGUUUCAAAAAACAUGGUUUCCCCAACCAAGAACACAAGACUGUCAAAACCACCAACAAUAAUUCUCGCAAGAUCUGCACUUACUGCCACAAAAAUGGCCAUACCAUAGACGUUUGUUUCAAGAGACACGGUUAUCCACCAGGCCACAAAUUUUCCACCAAAUCUGGUCAAGUUCACAAUGUUAUUUCGUAUACUAAUGCCGAUAAUCAAUUGAAAAGCUUGGAUACUGAACGCUCUUCUCUUGAAACAAUUCAACUUACUCCUCAACAAUAUCAAAUCCUAGCUGAGUUGUUUAAACAACCAACGACCAACACUUCCAAUGUGCAUAUCAACCAAGUUGGCACUGUUUCUACCAACACUUCUCCAGGUAAUAUUGUUUCGAUCUCUCAGAUGCAUUCUAGCAAUAUCUGGCUUCUUGACUCUGUUGCUACUGAUCACGUUUGUAUAUCUUUAGAAUCUUUUACUUCUUAUCAAAAGAUUAACCCAAUUCCUAUAUGUUUACCUAAUGGUAAAAUUAUACAUGCAAAUUACAAGGGUACAGUUAGAUUCAAUACCAAACUUUCUCUCUCUAAUGUGCUAUAUGUCCCUGAUUUUUCAUUCAACCUUGUUUCUGUUUCUCAACUUAUAGCUCAACACAAAUGUCAAUUAAUUUUUUCUCCUUCUGGCUGCAUUGUGCAGGACAUACACAGUCAAGAGAAGAUUGGUUUGAUUAGACACCACAAUGGCUUAUAUCUACUUGAUCCCUCUAUCUGUAAAAUUGACAUUAAUUGUACCCCUGUUAUCUGUUCUNUUAAGCACACAAAUUUAUGGCAUGCUCGUCUUGGACAUCUAUCACAUGCUAGGCUACAAUUUUUACAACACAAACAUGUUUACAUAAACACUGAUGACAACAAUAAUUUUUGUGAUGCGUGCCAUCGGGCCAAACAAAAGAAAUUUCCUUACACUGCUAGCACUUCUACUUCUCUAUCUUCUUUUGAAUUAUUGCAUAUUGAUAUAUGGGGUCCUACUACUGCUUCCAUGAAUGGCUACAAAUACUUGCUAACCAUUGUUGACGAUUACUCUCGUUAUACUUGGAUNAUUCCUAUGAUAGAUAAGUCUUCUGUCAAAAAUCAGAUUCUCACNUUCCUCUGCUAUGUAGAAAAUCAAUUUCAAAAAAAAGUUAAAACUAUCCGCACAGAUAAUGGUGUUGAAUUUAUUCUACAAAACAUAUUUUCAAGUAAAGGAAUUAUCCAUCAAACUACUUGUGUGGAAACCCCUGAACAAAAUGGAGUGGUUGAACGUAAACAUCAACACAUUUUAAAUACCACUCGUGCUUUGCUUUUCCAUUCACAUCUACCACUUGCUUUCUGGUGUUAUGCAGCUAAACAUGCUGUCUUCUUGAUAAAUCAAAUGCCUACACCUGUCCUACAGAAUGAAACACCUCAUGAACAGCUACAUGGAUCUCCUUGUGAUCUCUCUAUGUUACGUGUCUUUGGCUGUCUUUGCUAUGCCAACACCAUAACUUCUCACAGAAAAAAGUUUGAUGAUCGUGCUAUUCCUGGUAUCUUCUUAGGCUUUAAAAAGCACACAAAAGGUUAUCUCUUUCUAAACCUAAAAAAUCACAAAAUUGAAAUAUCUCGUAAUGUUGUUUUUCAUGAAAAUACUUUUCCAUAUCAUAAUACUUCCAAAACUGACAACUCUUUAUCUCUACCUAUACCACAUCAUUACACAAACAAUUAUGAUGAUCUAUUACCGUCCGGUUAUGAUGAUCUAUUACCGUCCGGUUUCCGACACACUAAUGCCCCUCCCUUGAUACUUGCACUAAUGGCACUAUUCCCAACACAUCAACAGAUGUUGUUCAAAUAA